GGCCGCGGCUCAUUUCUCGCGCCUCCGCCUCCGCCGCGGCUCGUGGUCGUCCCGCCAUGGCACUGUCGCGGGGACUGCCCCGGGAGCUGGCCGAGGCCGUGGCCGGGGGCCGGGUGCUGGUGGUGGGAGCGGGCGGCAUCGGCUGCGAGCUUCUCAAGAACCUCGUGCUCACUGGCUUCUCCCACAUCGACCUGAUUGAUCUGGAUACUAUCGACGUCAGCAACCUCAACAGGCAGUUUUUGUUUCAAAAGAAACAUGUUGGAAGAUCAAAGGCCCAGGUUGCUAAAGAAAGUGUACUGCAGUUUUACCCGAAAGCUAAUAUCAUAGCCUACCAUGACAGCAUCAUGAACCCUGACUAUAAUGUGGAAUUUUUUCGACAGUUUAUAUUGGUUAUGAAUGCUUUGGAUAACAGAGCUGCUCGCAACCAUGUUAAUAGGAUGUGCCUGGCAGCUGAUGUUCCUCUUAUUGAGAGUGGAACUGCUGGUUAUCUUGGGCAAGUAACUACCAUCAAAAAGGGUGUAACUGAGUGUUAUGAGUGUCAUCCCAAACCUACCCAGAGAACUUUUCCUGGCUGUACAAUUCGUAACACACCUUCAGAACCUAUUCAUUGCAUCGUUUGGGCAAAGUAUUUGUUCAACCAGUUGUUUGGGGAAGAAGAUGCUGAUCAAGAAGUAUCCCCUGACAGAGCUGACCCUGAAGCUUCCUGGGAACCAAUGGAAGCUGAAGCCAGAGCCAGAGCAUCUAAUGAAGAUGGUGACAUUAAACGUAUUUCCACUAAGGAAUGGGCUAAAUCAACAGGAUAUGAUCCAGUUAAACUUUUUACCAAGCUUUUUAAAGAUGAUAUCCGGUAUCUGUUGACAAUGGACAAACUGUGGCGGAAAAGGAAACCUCCAGUUCCGUUGGACUGGGCUGAAGUACAAAGUCAAGGAGAAGAAACCAAUGCAUCAGAUCAACAAAAUGAACCCCAGUUAGGUCUGAAAGACCAGCAGGUUCUAGAUGUAAAGAGCUAUGCACGUCUGUUUUCAAAGAGCAUUGAGACUUUGAGAGUUAAUUUAGCAGAAAAGGGGGAUGGAGCUGAGCUCAUAUGGGACAAGGAUGAUCCGUCUGCAAUGGAUUUUGUCACCUCUGCUGCAAACCUCAGGAUGCAUAUUUUCAGUAUGAAUAUGAAGAGCAGAUUUGAUAUAAAAUCAAUGGCAGGGAACAUUAUUCCUGCUAUCGCUACUACUAAUGCAGUGAUUGCUGGGUUAAUAGUGUUGGAAGGAUUGAAGAUUUUAUCAGGAAAAAUAGACCAGUGUAGAACAAUUUUUUUGAACAAACAACCAAACCCAAGAAAGAAGCUUCUUGUGCCUUGUGCACUGGAUCCUCCUAACCCUAACUGUUACGUAUGUGCCAGCAAGCCAGAGGUGACUGUUCGGCUGAAUGUACACAAAGUGACUGUUCUCACAUUACAGGAUAAGAUCGUGAAAGAAAAAUUUGCUAUGGUAGCACCAGAUGUCCAAAUUGAAGAUGGGAAAGGAACAAUCCUAAUAUCUUCAGAAGAGGGAGAGACAGAAGCUAACAAUCAUAAAAAGCUGUCAGAAUUUGGAAUUAGAAAUGGGAGCCGGCUUCAAGCAGACGAUUUCCUUCAGGACUAUACUUUAUUGAUCAACAUCCUUCAUAGUGAGGACCUAGGGAAGGAUGUUGAAUUUGAAGUUGUUGGUGAUGCCCCAGAAAAAGUGGGGCCCAAACAGGCUGAAGAUGCUGCCAAAAGCAUAACCAAUGGCAGUGACGAUGGAGCUCAGCCGUCCACGUCCACUGCACAAGAGCAAGAUGAUGUGCUCAUAGUUGAUUCAGAUGAAGAAGGUCCUUCAAAUAAUGCUGACAUCAGUGAAGAAGAGAGAAGUCGCAAGAGGAAAUUAGAUGAGAAAGAGAAUAUCAGUGCAAAGAGGUCACGCACAGAACAGACAGAAGAGCUUGACGAUGUCAUAGCAUUAGAUUGAACACAAAUGCCUCUAAACAGAACCCUCUUAACUGCAAAUGUAAUCAAAGCCUUCAGAAAAUCAUGCUGAACAAGACUCAGCCCUCAGGAGCAUGCUGCUUGAUGCCCACAAGAUGGACUGACUUCCAGCCUUCAGUACAGCAGUGAGCAAGCUGAAUCCCCACCUACAACUAGAGGAGUCUGUGAGGUUCACUUUACCUUUAGAUUUUUAGAAGAUGUUCCAUUUUCCUCCAGGAAAAAGAAAAUCUCAAAAUGACAAAACUAUGUAACAGACAGUAAUGAAAUAUUCUGGAAUACCACCUCUCAGAAAUGUUUCAGUUAACUGGUUGGUCACUGGUGAUCAUGGUCAGUUUGGAAAUUCCAUUCCUAAAACCUCACAGUGCCCCUUUAGACUCAACUGUCCAUGUGUUUUCAGCAUUUUGUAUAUGUAUGUUCUUUUCCAUUUUAAUGUACAUGGCAAUGAGUACCAGUUUGAUCUGUAGAGAUAUGCUUGUGUUUUGGGAGACCAGUGCAUUUUGUCUCUACAACUCUGUUACUACCUUUUCCAGCAGGGUCUGUCCCUUUUCUACCUGUUUCAAUAAAAUCAGGGUCAGCAAGGCAGGUCCAACACAGAGGUAUUGCCCAAGUAGACUAAGCAGAUCCAAGCUGCCUCCACAUACCUGGAGCAUGGAGACACUUUAGAUUUGGCCUUGUGUUCAUGGUUUUCCCAUGUGAGUUUGUCUUCUCAGUUGGGGAGCCAGACGCAGAGCUCGUCAACGGUCUUUCCCCAGCAGCUCUAUCCUGAAAUAGUCUGACAAACCAUCUUCCAGCCUUAAUGGGAACGGUCUGGUGACUCAAGUUUACCUAUGUAGCCUGUUGUCUCAAAGAUCAAUCUGCAUACUUGGCAUGUAUGAGACGAUUCAGUGUUUUAAUAUAGAAUAGCCUGACCCCUUCAUGAAAUAACCAAUCAGGCAGACAUCAAUGGAUGCCAAAACCUUUUGCAAAAGGCUGUUGAACAGAAUCUUUACACAGUGCUCAAAUGUUGCUAUAAAGAUAAUUUGCAAAACGAAAAAAUCAACCUUUGAUAACGGACUGAUCUGUCACCGCUAUGAACCUGUCUUCAAACCUAGCAUCAAUAAUGGAACAACUUGAUGUGUGCUUCGUAAUGAGAUGAUAUGAAGAAUACAACAGAACGUAGGCAAAAAAACCCAUGUUAACCUGGACUUAAUCCACCAUCUAGACCUGACUUCCAGCUGACAGGAAAUAGAGGGGGUAGAGGAACAAACCAAACAACAUUAGGAGACAACUACAGAAUGUAGGACAUUCUGGAACUCAAGUGCAAAAUAAAUGACUUUAACAAUUCUUGUGACAAUUGGAAAUUUGGACAUGGAAUAGUGAUAAUGGAAUUAUUUUCUUAGGUAUAAUAAUGUACUUAUGGAGGCUACUGUCCUUAUUCUUGGAACAUUAGGAAUGAAAUGAAGCUUCAUAACAACUUUUAAAUGGCUCAGCAAAAUGUAUAAUAAAGAUAAAAUUAACAUUUAUUGAAUCUAGGUGGAGCCUGUAUACAUUGUUCAUUGUACUAUCCAACUUUUCUCUGAAAACUUUCAUAAUAAAGAUGGAUAGAUAUAUAUA